UAUAAAUAUAUAAAAUAAUGCACGAAUAAACGUAUCAGUAUCAUAUUCUUGCACUACAAGCACAGAAAGAGAAACAAACCGAGAAAGUUUCCUGAAAGUUUCUGCUUUUCCUUGGUUUCCUUCCGGUGGCCAGAUGAAGAAGAGCAGAGAACUCUUCCCAAUUUCAAAUGCAACAAACCAGACUGAGGAUUGCCCAGAUUUCUGCGGUCCGCGCUGCCCAUACGAUUGCCCAUACUUCUAUGUCACGCCUCCGCCACCGUCGCCUCCAUCUCCUCAGCCGCUUUCAGCAGGGCAAGCCCGGGUACUCUCACCGUACGCGAUCAUCGUCGCCACCGUACUCGCCAGCAUCUUUCUUCUCGUCGGCUAUUACGUGCUCGUCGUGAAGUACUGCUCCGGCUGGAACCCUUUCAGGGCACGGCCAAGGCAAGCAGAUGGCCGAGAUGAAGAAGACUUUGUGGAUGAAAAUCAGGGGCCCGCCAUCGACCACCCGAUCUGGUACAUCAACACAGUCGGUCUCCAGCUGUCCGUCAUCAACUCAAUCACAGUCUUCAAGUACACGAAAUCUGAGCCUCUGAUCGAUGGAAGCGAUUGUGCGGUUUGUUUGAGUGAGUUUCAAGAAGGCGAGACUCUUCGGCUGUUGCCGAAAUGCAGUCACGCGUUUCACAUUCCUUGCAUCGACACUUGGUUGAGAUCACACACCACUUGCCCCAUCUGCCGUGCCGGAAUUUUGUCAAACACCUCGACUGCAACUCCUCCUCCUCCUCCUUCAAAUGACCACAGUUCUUCCAAUUCAACUCCGGCGGAGGAGACGCAGGCGAGGAAUCCUGAGACCAAUGGUCCAUUAACCGACAACCGGGUCGGCGAAAUUGAGGUUUCUGAAAUAGAGGCUGAAGUUGAAGGCCAAUUCCCGCAUGCUUCUGAAACAAAGGAUUGUGUGAAUAUGGUCAUGGGGGAUAAGAGACAACUGGUGAGGUCCGUUUCAAUGGAUUGUUGUUGUUCUUCUUCCUCUUCUUCUUCGGCUUUCCGUGUGGAUGAACCGGAAGACAAAUGGGUUAGUGUCAGAGAAUAUGGAGAAUCCAGUUCGGGUAGUGUUGGAUCAGGAGAUUGUGGAAAUUCAAGGAUGAGUGCAGAGUGUGUGCAGAAGAGUUCCAUGUCAAUGAAUAGAUCAUUCUCAUGCCGUGGCAACUUUUUCAUAUCAAGGAAUGGUCGGAGCUCAAGUUCUGUUUUUCCGCUGUAAAUGUAAUUCUCUGCAAAUGCAAAUGCAAUGCUUUUAAUAAAGAAGGUAGAUAGUGGAGCACUCUUACAUUUCCUGGGAAUAAAUGUCAUUUCCAGGAAAUUAGUGUAAUGGGAGACAAUAAUCAUAAUAAUAAUACUUGAAUAAAGACAAAAUUGAUAAG